AUGAGGUUCGUCGACCUGGCCAUUGAUGUUGCAGCAUUGCUCAGCGCCUCGCGAUCCGUAGCUGCCAAACAUGUCGCCUUGAGAUCACGACAGCUUGAUGCAUACGCCAAGACAUCAAUUAUUACUGCGAAAUGGCGAGAUGCGAAGCCCACUGCGUCGGCUACGCAAAGCGAACCUGAGGACAACAGCAAAUCGGAAGGAAAGCGCGACGCUACGAGUCAACAAACCGAUCCUUUGAGCCAAAGCCCGCCUCGAGCCGGAAACGAAGGCCACCAACCACGGGCCAAUGAGUCGAGGGAAACUGGCACUGCUGCCUCCGGAUAUGCAGAGGCCGUCAAGCAGAGACAGGAGGCUCUGAGGGCUGCCGCAGAACAAAAGGACCUUCCAGAAGGCGUCGAUAUCGACAUCUUUCACACUACUCGAGGCUCAAGCGUUCUGAGCUCGGUUCGGAAGAAAAACGCUGCUUCAAGAAGGUCACAACCAGGCGGUCCAGCAAAGGAACACCCGUUGCGGCACUGGCCAAGCCCGCCGCCUGUACUACCAGAGGUUGAGGACCCAGUAUCUAGAGAAACAAGGCCGGGAGAAAAGACUACCUCACACUCCAGUGCUACAGUUGCUGAACCACAAUCAACUUCGGACAUAUCACCGGAGCCGGUCCAUGAACCAAGCCAACCCGAGACAAAGAAGCUGGACAACGAGACAAUAGAACUAGCCAAGGACCUGGCCGGUGUGGAGGCCCCAAGCACGCCAACUUAUGCUCUCCGGGAGUCAAAAGUUCCGGCGACGCGAUUCAGUCGACUCUGGAACUACGGCGGUCUAGCAGCCGGCAUGCUCGGGGGGGCCAUGACUGAGGGUGUAAGCAGAGCCUUUGGAGGGGGUGGCCAAGGGUCUGUCCUCUUGAGCGGGAAGAAUAUGGAAAGAAUGGUGGCGAAGCUGUCGCGAAUGCGGGGAGCUGCUCUGAAGCUUGGACAAAUGAUGAGUUUCCAAGACUCGAAAAUGCUCCCCGGACCUAUCCAGGAAGUUCUGCAGCGUGUGCAAGACAGAGCGGACUACAUGCCCGCCUGGCAGCGUGACAAGGUCCUGGUGAGCAAUCUGGGCGAGAACUGGCGAGACCUGUUUAGCGACUUUGAAGAGACGCCCAUCGCCGCCGCAUCCAUCGGCCAGGUUCACAAAGCAACUCUGGAGUCGAGCGGCGAAAAAGUAGCCGUCAAGAUCCAGUUCCCUGGCGUCGCAGACUCCAUCAACUCGGACCUAGACAAUCUGGGCAUACUUUUAAACGCCACAAAGCUACUCCCCAAGGGCCUCUAUCUCAACAAAACCAUUGACAACGCCCGCCUUGAGCUCGGCUGGGAAUGCGACUACGAGCGCGAGGCCCAGUGCGCCCUCCGUUACAGAGAGCUGCUCAGGGGUGAAGAAGACGUCUUCGUAGCACCAAACGUCCACCUGGAAGCCUGCGGCAAGCAAGUCCUCACCAUGGACUUCAUGGACGGCGUGGGCGUCACCCGCGUCAAGUCCUUCACCCAAGAGCAGCGCGACUGGAUCGGCACGCAGAUUAUGCGCCUGUGCCUCCGCGAAAUCACAGAGUUCAAGUUCAUGCAGACGGACCCCAACUGGACAAACUUCCUAUACAACGCCCAGCACAACAAGCUCGUGCUCCUGGAUUUCGGCGCCUCCCGCGAGUACCCCGAGGCCUUUGUCAGGGAAUACGUGCAGCUCCUCGACGCCGCGUCCCGCUCGAACCGCGGCGCCAUCAAGGAGCUGUCCGAGAGCCUGGGCUACCUGACCGGCCACGAGAGCAGGGCCAUGCUCGAGGCGCACACGCAGUCUAUACUGACGCUCGCCGAGCCGUUUAUGCAGUCUGCCCCCGACGUGUACGAUUUCAAGGACCAGACGAUUACGGAGAGAGUCAAGGCCCUCAUUCCCGUGAUGCUGAGGGAGCGGCUGGCCCCCCCGCCAGAGGAGACGUACAGUCUGCACCGUAAACUAAGCGGCGCGUUUUUGCUGUGCGCCAGGCUGGGGAGCAGGGUCCCCUGUAAGAAGAUGUUUGCGGACAGCGUAAAGAGAUCAGGAUACGUCAGCUAG